AUGGCUGAAAAAGAGGUCAACGAUCUUCCAGUCUACAGACCAGAUGGUCGCCGCCUCGGUGUUGUAUUUGAAAACAUCACCGUUACUGGACUAGCAGCGGAGGAGAACACUGUCACAGAUUUUGCUCAGGUUCUGGAAAACAUCAUCACAUUACCCUACCAGGCUGUCAAACUAUUUGCUGGAAACCGCCGCAAGAAUGUCCGUAACCUUAUUCAGGACGUCUCUGGAGUUGUCCGACCCGGAGAAACUCUGCUCGUUCUAGGAACCCCUGGAGCUGGAUGUUCGACAACACUACGCGCUAUUGCUAGCGAUGUCGAAUCUUUCGUUGGUGUGGAUGGUCAGGUCGACUAUUCUACCAUCUCGUCUGCUGAGGCCAGAAAAUUGUACAAAUCAGAGAUCGUCUACAACAACGAGGAAGACAACCACUUUCCCAAGCUAUCUGUUGGAAACACACUCGACUAUGCUUUGGAGUUGCGCAAACCGGCUAAGGAUGAGCAAUCCAAAGCCGACUUCAAGCAAAGCAUGCGAUCGAAGCUACUUGAUAAGUUCGCAAUCCCACACACCAUCAACACAAUCGUAGGAAACUCAUUCGUUCGUGGUGUGUCUGGUGGCGAGCGUAAGCGUGUAUCUCUGGCCGAAGUCUUGACGACGAACCCAGCAGUCGCAUGCUUUGACAAUCCCUCCCGUGGUCUGGACUCCUCAUCAGCUCUGGCCUUCUGUCGUCUUCUCAAAGACAUGUCGAGGAAGACAGGCAUGGCCAACAUUGUGACCAUGUACCAAACGGCACAGUCCAUCUACGAUCAAUGUUUUGACCGUGUUCUUGUACUUUACAAGGGCCGCAUGAUCUUCUCGGGAAGGACAGCAGCGGCGCGCCAAUACUUCAUUGAUCUUGGCUACCACUGCGGACCUAGACAGACCACUCCUGACUUCCUGACUGCCGUCACAUCCGUGACUGAGAGAGUUGUACGCAGCGAUCACAUCGGUCCUGUACCAUCCACACCAGAUGAGUUCGCACUAGCUUUCAGAGAGAGCACACUCUACCUUGAGUUGCAACAAGACAUCGCAGCCUACCGCUCUGAGCAUGCUUCUAACCCCUCUUACGUUGAUGACUUCAAGACAGAAGUCAAGCGUGUUCGUUCAUCUGGCGUUUCCAAGAAGGCAGCAGAGCCACACUCGCUCCCUCAGCAAAUUGCUACCGGCAUCAAGCGACACUAUCAACUCACAUGGGGCGAUCGCAACACUCUUUACACACUUCUCUUCCUGAACGCUGUCAAUGCUGUCAUCACUGGUUCUGCUUUCUACAUGGCUCCUAAGACUGCGACUGGUUCUUACGAACGCGGUGGUGCCAUCUUCUUCUCCUUGAUUUACUUCUUCCUCAAUGCGCUGGCUGAGACACCCGCGACUGUUCUUUCUCGCUCUAUCGUAGUCAAGCAGAGGAAGCUUGGUCUGUCUCACCCGGCAGCAUACGUGCUUGCACAAACCAUCGCCGAUCUACCAGUCUCACUCUUCCAGGCCCUGGUGUUCUCGGGAUGCUAUUACUUCAUGCUUGGCCUGGGCAAGACGGCAUCUCAGUUCUUCAUCUUUUCCCUCAUCGUCUGGGUACACUACGGCGCUACCAGUGCUCUCUUCCGAAUGCUUGGUGCCGUGGCUCCCAAUCUCAAUGUCGCACUGCUGAUGGCUGGAGCUGCUAUUCCUCCUUGUCUUACCUAUGCCGGUUUCGCUCCUCCUUGGCCAACACUGCACAAGUGGGGCAGUUGGAUCCGUCGUAUCUCACCAUCGCCUUGGGCUUUGGAGGCCUUGAUGGGAAACGAGUUUUACGAUAUCACGCUCUCUUGUACCGAUGCUCAGAUGGUUCCCAGUGGUCCUGGAUACAGCAACCUUGCAAACCAGGGCUGCACACUGCCUGGCAGUGUCAAGGGUAGCCCCGAUGUGCCUGGCUCGACCUAUCUGUCUAUCACCUACGACAUGUCUAGAGAGAACCUGUGGAGAAACUUUGGUAUAAUAAUCGCCAUGUGGGCUAUCUACACAAUCAUUGCAGCCGUCGGUCUCACCUACACUGCUCGCGAGCAAGGUGGCGCUAGCGGCCAUGUCUUCAAAAGAGGCGCCCAGACUGAGACCAUGCCUACCACUCCCGAGAACUCCAGCCGCAUGACCGUCGGUGAGGAGGACCUUGAGAAACAGCCCAGCCGCACUGUUCACGAUCUAGCCCUCAAUCCCGUUUCUUCUGCCUCUUCGGCUACUCGCGUUGACUAUAACGAGAGCGACUAUGCAAAGACCGACUCUGAUGGAUCAUCAUUCACUUUUGAGAACGUCAACUACUAUGUCAACGUCGCAGAUGGCGAGAAACAGCUUUUGCAGAACGUUUCUGCUUAUGCUCGACCUGGUCAACUCACUGCCCUCAUGGGUGCUUCUGGAGCCGGUAAGACCACUCUCUUGGACACCAUCAGUCAGAGAAAGAGCGAAGGCCGUGUCGAAGGUACAAUGAGACUUAACGGCCAGCCUCUGGACGAUACAUUCGGAAGAUCCUGCGGUUUUGCCAUGCAACAAGACGUCCACGAACCGUUCUCUACUGUGAGAGAAGCUUUGCAAUUCUCAGCCGAGCUCCGCCAGCCUGCUGAUGUCCCGCAUGCCGAGAAGAUGGAGUACUGCGAGUACAUCAUCAAGCUUCUCGAACUUGGUCCUAUCGCUGAUGCUCUCAUCGGUACACCUGGUGAAGGUGGUCUCGGAGUUGAGGAGCGCAAGCGUGUCACUAUCGCCGUUGAACUUGCUGCUAAGCCUCCUCAUCUACUCUUCCUGGACGAACCCACUAGUGGUCUUGACUCGCAAGCUGCCUACAGUAUCGUGUUCUUCCUCCAGCGUAUCGCUCGCGAGGGCAUCCCCAUAAUCUGCACCAUUCACCAGCCUUCUGGUGUGCUGUUCGAAAUGUUCGACCAUGUUCUGCUUCUCGCACCUGGUGGUCGCACUAUCUUCUUUGGUGAAACAGGAAGAAACUCUGAAAACGUUGUCAAAUACUUUGAUCGUUAUGGCGCACACAUGAACGAGUCUGAGAAUCCUGCUGAGUUCAUCAUCUCCACUGUCUCUGGCGCCGACAACUCUGCUGUCUGGCACGACAACUGGCUUCAGUCUCCCGAGAAGGCACGCGUGCUGCAGACUAUUCAAAUGAUCAACGAGAAGACAGCCGUCGCUGGCCAGUCUACUUCAUCUGGUCACGGUCAAUUUGCUAUGCCCAUCUGGCCUCAGAUCAAGGCCGUUACCAAGCGUCACUGGACUACUGUCUGGCGUGACGGUAGCUACAACUUCAGUCGCUUCUUCAAGUUCUUGUGGUGCGAACUCUUCAUCUCGUUCACCUACUUCAUGGUCAAGACAGACAUCCAGGGCUUGCAAAACAACGUCCUCAACCUUCUCAUCAUCGUUCAGAUCAUACCUGCCAUUGCUCCUGACCUUCAAGCUAUGUGGUUCAGCAAAUGGGCCAUAUUCGAAGCUCGCGAGAGAAACGGUAUCUACUCCUGGAAGGCUUUGACGACUGCCAUGCUAUCUGUUGAAGUACCCUACAUGGUUGUCGGCUUCACUUUGAUCUACUUCUGCAUGUACUGGACGGUAGGCUACACCAAUGAAAGCGCCAUCGCGGGCUACGAGUACCUCCAAUUCAUCACCUGCGGCAUUUUUGCUUUUACUUGGAACUUCCUGCUCGCAACCAUGUUCUCCAACAUGCAAACCUGCGGUCUUGCCUCUGCCCUCUUCUGGAAUAUCCUCAUGAUCUUCAACGGUACGCUUAUCCCUCACGCCGCAUUGAACGAUUUCUACCGCAAUUGGCUGUAUUGGUUGGACCCAUUCCGUUGGUUCUUCGGCGGCAGUGUGAGUAACCUUCUCAAACCUGUUCCUGUCAAUUGCUCUGCGAAUGACCUUGCUCGCUUUGAUCCUCCUGCUGGACAGACUUGUGCGGCUUAUGCUGCCGAUUACCUCGCUCGCAGCACCGGAUACCUGGUCAACCCUGAUGCCACCUCUGACUGUGGAUACUGUCCUUACUCGACUGGAUCGGAGUAUGCGGCUACCAUGGACUAUUAUUACAGUCAGAAGUGGAGGGACUGGGGCAUCUUUUUGGUUUUUGCAUUGGUGUCGAAUGUUGCGUUGAUCUACUUCAUUACUUGGUUCACCAGAGUCAGAGGCAGGAAGACGAAGAGUGCUUGA